AUUCAGUCUACUGUCUGACGAUUCCGAGUCACUAUCAGUCGCGUUUUAUCAACGCUUUAUCGAAACUUCUAAAUCUACUGGAAUCCAUUUGAAAUCCAUUUAAAAUAUCAUUCGAAGCGAUUUUAGAAGUGUAUCUGUAAUAACGCUCGUUAUGUGCUUCUGCGGUUAAGUGAACUGUGAGUUUUUAAAGUUUGACUGUUCGAUGAAAACAUUGCAAUUUUAUUCUAUUUAUACACAUAUAUACGUACUGUAUAUAGUGUAUACUGUGCGUUAGAGUUAAUCUCUAUUUGGUUAUCUUAUCAGAGCUUCCGAACGUUGUAUUUGGUAGCAUAAACAGAUCUUUUCAUCCAAACAACUCCUGUUUUGGAUUAAUUAAAUUCCAUCUUAGUAGAAUUUCAUCCGUUACUUUCGAAGAUCAUGGAUUUCACACCAAAAUUAUAAUCUCCGGAAACAAUCAUGAACCAGACAAUAUCUCUCAACUAGUUCGUAGAAAAGGAAAUUCCAAUAGCAAAAAAUAAAGAAACAUAGUCUGAAAAUAGUCGUAAGUGAAUGCAAGCACUGAUACCAUGAAAACCACGAGCGAGUUUCUCGUGGUGCUCACGAGUAGCAUAUUAGCAGGGUUUUUCGGUUCUUCGCACUCUUCAGUUAUAUCAUCAGAUCUAGAAGGACGAUGCGAAGAAAUUACCAUACCCAUGUGCAUGGGAAUAGGAUACAAUAAUACACGAAUGCCAAACGAACUGAAUCACGAAACUCAAGAAGAAGCUGGUUUAGAGGUCCACCAGUUUUGGCCAUUAGUAGAAAUAGGUUGUGCACCAGAUUUAAAAUUCUUUUUAUGUUCUAUGUACGCGCCGAUAUGUUUAGAAGACUUUUUAAAACCACUUCCACCUUGCCGAGGUAUCUGCAAUAGAGCAAGAACCGGCUGUGAACCUAUUAUGACUCACUACGGUUUCAAAUGGCCGGAAAGAAUGGAAUGUGAUCAAUUUCCUGUUCAAGGAGGAGAUAUACUAUGUAUGGAUCAACCCGCUCAAAAUAACGCUUCGUCUACUCCGAAACCAACAACAAAUAGGAAAAACUUGAAACCAUGUAGGAACGGUUCAAAAAACUGCACAGUUCCCCUCGGAGACCAAAAAAGAAAAGAGUGCAAAUGCCAGUGUCAACAACCCCUCGUCUCCAUGGGGAGAGAAAUUCCACUCGCCAUAAACAGAAGCGUCGCAGGCAUCGCAAAUUGUGCAUACCCUUGCAAGGAAACGUACUUCAACCCCGACGAAAAAGAAUUCGCAACCAUAUGGAUAACGCUAUGGUCGGGUCUGUGCGCCGCCUCCACACUAAUGACACUUACCACGUUUUUCAUCGAAACGGAACGGUUCAAGUACCCUGAGAGACCGAUCGUCUUUCUUUCCGCCUGCUACUUUUUAGUAUCCGUAGGAUACUUGAUAAGAGUGGGAGUCGGUCACGAGGAAGUUGCUUGCGAUGCAAAUAUCAUCAAGUAUUCUUCCACUGGACCAAGUCUUUGUACAACAGUUUUCUUACUCGUCUAUUUCUUCGGUAUGGCGUCUUCUAUUUGGUGGGUGAUAUUAUCACUAACAUGGUUUCUAGCCGCUGGGUUGAAAUGGGGAAACGAAGCGAUAGCCAGUUAUGCUCAAUAUUUCCACAUAGCAGCAUGGCUUAUUCCUACUUUCCAAACUCUAGGAGUUUUAUUAUCAGGUGCAGUUGAUGGAGAUCCCGUAUCUGGAAUUUGUUAUGUCGGCAAUAUGAAUAUGGAUAAUUUAAGAACAUUCGUUUUAGGUCCGCUAAUAAUUUAUUUAAUCUUGGGUACAAGCUUCCUUUUAGCAGGUUUCGUAUCCCUCUUCAGAAUAAGAAACGUUAUUAAGAAACAGGGAGGUGCUGGCGCAGGAUCUAAAGCGGAUAAAUUAGAAAAACUGAUGAUACGUAUAGGAAUAUUCAGCGUGCUUUACACUGUACCUGCAACUAUAGUGAUUGGUUGUCAUUUGUACGAAAAUACGUUUCACGAGGAAUGGAUGAAAUCUUUAGCUUGUACUUGUCCGACUAACGUGGUAUCCGUUAAGGAACGACCACUUUACUCCGUCUUAAUGCUCAAAUACUUCAUGGCUCUGGCAGUAGGUAUAACGUCCGGAGUAUGGAUAUGGUCGGGAAAGACCGUCGACUCUUGGAGAAGACUAUCAAGAAGAUUGUUUGGAAGAUCAGAUCUUUCUGGUGCGAACGCUGUAUUAAUCAAAAACAGAAAUAAACCGCCUCCGGCAGGGUUUUUAAUCGGAGGUCCAGGUAGCGCUUCACUACUCGGACCUACAAGUAGCGUAGCUUCGGCCAGUCAACACCAUCUACACCACCAUGUUUUAAAACAACCCCCUCUCAGUCACGUAUGACAAGCGGGUGAAGGAACAGCGCCUGUAAUAGUUAACCAUCCACCUCAAGGUUCAGGACCUUCGUUAAGUAAUUACGGGCCCAUUUGAGUGACCGCCUGGGGGCCACGCGAUAUGGUCACAGCUCUCUAGUCUUCGCCGGUGCCAAUUCGGACACUUCAUUUUUGUACAGAAGAAAUUUCUUAAUUUUGUUAAAUAUUUAUUUAUUGAAUUUAAGUCUAUAAAUGUGGAGAGUUUUGCAUACUCAUAAUGGGUAAUUCAUAUUUUCGAAAUUAUUAUUUUGAUGUCGUAAUUGUAAUAAUUAAUAUUAGUUAUUAUUAAUAUUUCACAUGUAUUACUGUAAAAUAUAUACAGUUCGUCCCAAAAUACAAAAUAUAUCCAACAAGUAAAUUCGGUUGGUUAAAUAAAAAAAAAACGUGUAAAGAAAACAGAAACAAAACUUAUUUUAUAUACAAAAACUAUUUUGGAAGUGUCAAAAUUUGCUUAAGCUGAAUUUCCGUUAGGGAUGAAGUGUGCCUGCAUUUCAUUGAUUGCCGUUUAGUUUCUGGGGUGUCGUCAGUUAGCCAAGUUUCAUCCUUCGUGCUAAAAGUUGGAGUACAUUGCCCAUCCGUUGUUUUUCAUAUUGUUCAGUAGGAAUUUAGGAUACCCAACGUGAACUUCUCGAAAUUUUAGUUUUUCAUCAACCAUGAAACCAAAGACCGGCAUCCACACGUUCUCUACUGAACUGUCUGCUUCAUUGUUUAAUUAAUCAAUCACUCAUAACAUUUUGUCAAUAAAUUUCACUUUCCUUGGAUUUAUAAAACGAAUCACUGCCGCGCAUGCUCGAACUGCAUAGUGGAUAUACUUUGUAUUAGGAUUUGAUGUGAAGUAUUACAGGUCUGUGUUAUGAAUUUUAUUUAGAUAUUUCAAAUAUUUCUCAACAAUCUAGCAUUUACACAUAUCUCUUAUUUAUAGGACAAUUUGUAUAAAUUAUCUUUGAUAAAUAGAUAGUUUAGAUAUUUUACUUUAUAAAUUAUUAGACAUUCAUUUCUAAAACUCUUUCUUAAGAGAUUCACGGAUAUUACUAAUGAUGAAUUUCAUAACCGUUAAAUUACAUAGAUUUGACUCACAAAUGUGUAAUACGGUUCAAUGCACUUUAAUUUUCAAAGCAAAAUAUUUUUUAAAAUGUGAAUUACCUCCAUUACUCAUUUAUAUAAAUAAAAUUUACAAUGUAUGUACAGAAAGGGUAUAGUACACUAAUUUUUUCAAAAAUCAAAUUUACCAACUUUGUUUUUUCUAUGAGAAACAAUUUACAUCAAUAGAGGCUAUAAUGAUAGUAGAAUUUUUAUGAACUACAAUUACGCCGCAACUGUCAUUGAAAUAUCUCAGCGAACAAUGAUUUUAUUUGUAAUUGAAUCCACUCGCAAACCGACCGAUUUCAUUGUAUCUAUAACUCAUCAGUACAAGAUAAGUCGUAUUAGAAACUAUGUUUUUUAUUUUUAUAACUCGUCUUCUAUUGAAAGGUUAAAGUUAACUGUGAUUUGUUGGCAGUCCGGUCACUAUCUCUUUUAGUUAAGAGAUUAUUCUCUUCCCAUACACAUUUUAAAAUCAUAUUAGCUAUAUAUAAUAAAUCAAUGAGUAUUUUCAUAUCAAAAUUUGAUUCAAACUUCUAAAGAGGGACAUUUGGGAAUCUAACACGCUAUGUCCCCCCGAAAGCUGACCACCUUAUACAGUAUGGUACAAAUGAAAGGAAUAAAUUUGUUACUUCGUAAGCCGGUGACUUUAAGGGAAAAUUCUGGAACCCGAUUUUUAUUUUUGACGUCAUCAAUUUAUAAAUGGAAAUGUGGAGUUUUAAAUUAUUAUUUGAAAGAUCUUUAUCUUCAACUAAAAUACACUUAGCAUUAGAUAAUGACAUGGAUCAUUCAUCAGUCCUCAGAAAGCUAAAAAAGGACAAGUGGCAACCCUACAAAGUAAGUUUAGUACAAUUAUUUAUGAAAGAUGUGAACUUAUAAAGGAAAAAAAAUAAAAGAGAUCCGUUGCUUAUAAAAGAGGUUCUUUCCUCUGAUGAAGCUACAUAUCCACUUAACGGUCAUGUCAAUCGGUACUGGGCUACGGAAAAUCUACACUCAGUGCAAAAGUUUCUCAGAGAAAGUUAAUGUUUGGGCGGGAAUAAUAGAUAAUAGGAUUACUGGAACAAACUAUUUCGAAACAACCUUUACAUGUCUUCGAUAUUUAGAAUUUCUUAAAAAAAUUUAGCUCUCCGAAUUGAACCUGUUGUUUCAAACCAAAAAUGAUUUAUGGCUGCAGUAUGGCCUCCAUAUAUGGCCUGAUGCGUAACUACUGAAACGUCAUUCCAAAUAGAUGGAUGGGUCGUAUAGGGAUAAUAGAAUAGCCAUUUGGGUCACCUGAUUUGAUUUCUUUUCUUUUUAUGGUGAUAUUCGAAAAGUAAAGUUGACCAAAAUAGACCACGAAAUAUCAUUGAACACAGAAUUCGUAUUGAGGGGCACAUAUAACAUAUAGGGAAGGUUCGAGAAGAUCUUUCAAAUAAUGUAUUACAACACCCACAUUUAUAUUUAAAAAUUUUAGUAAUUACGUCAUCAAGUUCACACAGAUGACGUUAAAAAUAAGAAGGUAUCGAUUAAGUCAACGGUUGAGGAAAUAACGAUUUUAUUCUUUUUAUUCGUACCAUACUGUAUGUAAUUACUUGAAAUAAGUCGGUUUAUCUUACAGCGUGAAAUUCACACUAAUAUAUUUCCACAAAAUGCAAUUAAAUAUUAUGAACAAAGGGAUAACUUUAGAAUAGCAAAUAUUGUAUAUAGUUUAUUCUAAUUUUUUCAUAAUAUUAUUAAUUAAAAACUCACAAGUGAGUUAAUUUUCUGGAUUUUCUGAAUUAAUGGUACCAUACCCAAAAGGAUUUUUAUAAAAUUUUUUAAUUAACACUUCUGUUGAUAGCUCAUUGUUGGUUUACAAGAAUUAACCAUGACUUAGUUUAAUAAAGUGGAAAAACUUUGAAAAUACAUGUAUUGUUAGCCAACACCUUCAUAUUUGAUAAUAAUAAGUUAACUGUUGAAUACGCAUACGGUUAAAAGAAUUUCCAUAUGAAAUCUAACAUUCUAUUGUGAAACUUUUCACGCGUAACAAAAAUAUCUCUAUCGUUUUUUGAAAUGUGGAUUUUUUAUGAUUCUUUCUUCAUGAUAUCAAAUAUAAAGUUAUAAUUAUGAACUUGAUGGUUUAGGAUAAAAUUGAAUAUUAAAUCAUUCCAAAGUUCUGAAGUUCAUUUACUAAACAAACAAUUGUACAUCUCAGAUCUCAGAUAGAUUCUUAAUUACCUCAGGAAGCAUAAUAUUGUAUAGAUUUCUAUUGUUCACCAAAAGAAACAAGGAAUCUAGGCAGAGUAGAGAAGUUUUUACAAUAGUGUGCUCCUUCAGUAGAAGAAAUUUGCGUUAUACAUCAGGAUCUAAUAAGGCAUGAUCACAUGCUCCCAGUAGAUGCUGUCAGUAUCACUUACCUUACCAAUCGGCACAACGGUCCUUGCAGAACCUUGGCCUCCCGGAAAACUGUCCUCCAUUCUUCUCGAUGUUAUAUUUUUCUCCACCAGUUUCGGAAGCCAAGUUCUUUUAGGUCCUAUUCUACGUAGUCCUGCCAACUUAUAUUUGUUCGUACUGAUAAUCUGCGACCUUCCUGCUUUUGUUGGACUGCAAGUUUGACUCGUCGACCAUCCGGCUUCUGUUCGACGUGACCAAGCCAUCUUAGUCUCGCACACACAAUCUCAGCGAUAGUACGAAUGUGCCAUUCUCCUUGGUCUUGGAUUGGUCCAUAAAUGUGUCCGAAGUACUUUCCUAUUUCACGAGUUGAGGCUCAGUUCGUUAACAGGCAGGUUUUAGAAACAUACAUGACAACUGCCCUUAGUACCGUACGGUAGAUCAUCUGUGUCUGCUGAGUAGGCGAGAUUUUAGCAUCUUCUGGGCACUGUUUCUAGCUUUCACACACUCCUAUAUCUCCAGUGCAGUCUCGUUGUUUUCAGUUAUGAGAGAGCCAAGUUAUUUGAAGUUGUCAAUACGUUGUUAUCUACAGUGAACGCUGCUGUUUUUGCGUGGGCUCGUCUGCGCGACAUGAGGAAGUACUUCGUUUUAGCUUCGUUCACACUAAGGUUGGAUUCUUCAUUGAAUGUCCGAAAGUCUUCUCCAAGCUCUAUUUCCCUUCUGCUUAGCAGGCGGACAUCGUCUGCGUAACCUACCUUCUAUCUUAAUCGGUUGAGUAGUGUUCCUCCCGGUUUGGUCUGCAGUCUCUUCAUAAAAGAGCUUCCCCAUGCUCUUCGCCUUACAGUGGGUGUUGCAUUAGGACAUGACCACUUGUCUUAUCAGGCAGUAUCACUAGCCUGAUAAUUUUUGGUUGGGAAACGAUGUACACGAAUUAAUCGUGAAUUUUCCAUGCUAUAUCUCUAACUUUCGAAUUUUAAAGAAGAAAAUUUUGCUAAAAGAAGAUGUGUGGUGAAUACAAUUAAAAAUAUAAGCUACUUUUGUUGGGGAAAUAUUAAUAGGAAGUAUUUUUAACACGGUUAAUUACAGAAUGCUUGGCUUCUUCUUUUAAAUUGUUCAAUAAAAAUAUUUUUUAUCGUGUUUCUUAGUCUUACUACCAUAUUAUUGAUAAAUAAAUGAAGAGUAUCAACGACGUAAUUCAAUUCUUGUCUUAGAACUGGCUACAUUAGGAUCCCUUCAUGUAGAAAAAUUAGAAGUGCGUUAUCUAUCAGCAGCGUUAAGUCGGGGCGGACGAUCAAAAAAAUAAACAUUUCGGUAUUCAAUUUUUUAUGAGAUACAUGGAUUCUAAUUAUGAAAAUAGCUUAAAUUUAUUAUGAAUAAACGCAAAAAAUGAUUGUCAGACAAUCUUCUAAUGGUUAAAGUGCUAAUAGACAGCACAAAAAUGAGAUAAAUUGCUAAAAGAUUGAAAUACAUAAGUACGUGUUUCCAUAUUUUAUAUAUUCUUCAACAAUUUCUUUUUUCUGAAUGUAACUGGUAAUUGGUACCACGCUUUCCAAGAAACAUUAUAGAGGCAAACCUAAACCUAAAAUUAUACUCACAAGUAAAAGAAAGUGGUAAGUAGAAAAUAAAUUUUUUUUCCAUUGUAUUGAUUCAAAGACGCCAAAAAUCCACAUUUUAGAGCUUUAUCAUUGUUGCAUUCUACAAAAUAAAAGUAUUAAAUUUAAUAUGGAACAUUCAUUAUUAUUAUUAAAUCUCAUAACGAAUAUUUUUUAAAUGUACUCGUUUUGUCUUAUAUCUUGAUAAAUAUAUUGGCUACAAUAAUAAGAAGGGUGCACAGGAAUAAAAUUAAGUAUAAUGUACAGGGUACUAUUCGUAUUUUAUAAAAAAAAAACUAUUAAAAGAUUCCUUUGUACUCUUCGCAAUCUAUACUCUACUCAUUAUGAGGAUAUGAUUACCAAAAGUGAUGAAAAAAAUACGUAAUUAAAUAUAUUUUAAAUGUAUAGUUGGAUGGUGUGGAUAUGUGAAUGUGUAUUUGAUAAUUCAAUGGAAAAAAUUUGGAUAAAAACAGAAAGCGAUCGUUUCAAAAGCCAUAUUUGUGCCAUAAUAAGGUUAUCAGGGGACCAUCCGGGAAUUUGGAAAGUUUCAUUUCAUUGAGAUAUCAAUGUGAGUGAUUGGAAAUUAAAAUUUCAGGAAAAUCUUCAUAUAUAUAUUCUUGUAGGUUUUUUCUUGUUAGGAUAUAAGUUUUUUUUUAUAAUAAAUUAUUGAAACGAACCCCAUAACCUUUUGUACUUAUAACCGUCUAUUUAAUCGUUUUGUAAAUAUCAAAUCGGCAGCAACGUGUCACAUAAGCUGCUAAUUCGUACUAAAUAGUUAUCCUGUUGUAUGUAUGUAAAGAUACACAAAAAAGUGAUUAACUGUAUCCAAGAUUCAAUAUUUAUAAAAUGUUGUAGUUGUUAGAAGUGUUUGAUUUUUUUAAAUACUUAGAAGUGAGUUAUACCUAAAAUUAUUAGAGUUAGAACCAAAAAAUAGGCUCAACUGAUGUCCCAAAAAGUCAUAUUCUAAAUUAUUUUUUCAUAUUGACUAUGAAUUAUUUUCUUCAAAUAACGUAUUCGCAUUUUCCGACAUUAGAAAUUAAUAAACUACAUCAAUUAAUGAAAAAUUAAAAUCUGUAACUGAAUACAAUUAUCCAAUCAGCUUUCUGACCAUAUAUAAUAAGCUUAAAACAAAAUUUGAGAAUGCCAUAAUGACUAAGUUCGUCGAUUUUCACCCUACGUUUUACGUUUUAUAAAUGCUGGUUAGAUGUAAAUUUGCACUCUGCACCUAUAGGAGUUAUAGUUAACAAAAUCAAAUACAUCUAACAAAAUAUUUUUGUUUUUCGCAAAUGGGCAGAUAAGGAUCUUAUCUUCCAAUGGAAGACGGAAAUAUACAGGGUACAUAUACUGAAAUCCAGAAUAAUGUUACAAAAAUAUCCAUUUAUAGAGGACUCAAUGUACAUAUCACAAUUUUUACUAUUUAAAUAAGUAUUUCCUACAUUUUUUCUUCUCAAAAAAGUUACGCGUCUCUAAAGUAACACUAAAAUGACUAAUUCAAGUAUUUUAUAGUGUUUUUUUAGCUAAUUUUAUGUGAACUAACUAUCCUGGCGAACUUUUUUCCCCCAGGUAUUUUGGUGCACAGAUUGCACUCUUUAUUGUGAUGGACGACAACAAAUAAUGCAGAUGGUCUUCCGACCCAUUUUCUAGAUUCAGACCCAACCUUUCAAAAAUUGGCCUUGUGAUAUGUUAAUGGACAAAGGACGAAUGCAAGACGGAUCGGGUAUUGAAGACGUUUAAACUCAAACUGCAAAUAAGAAAUUCCCCAUCUUUCUAUCAUCAUUUUUGGUUGGUUUAUGUUUCGAAGCAUGAUUACUACGAAGCCAAUCUUUAGUCUUAAAUUUUAGGUCGGCAAAAUACCAUAACCUUGCUAGCGUCUAUCCACUUCUUUGGAAUCGGUUUAUCACGUACAGUCCAUUCACCUGACUGUCGAUUAGACUCCGGUGUGAAAUGAUAAAGUCAUGUUUCAUCCAUUGUUACAUUUGGAUUUAUUACAUUUGACGGCUCCGGGCACUGUUCAGAAUCAUCGAUCCGUUAUAGGAUUUGGUCGAUUUUGAUCCACUUUAAACGGAGCUUUCGCAUACCCAAACAUUUAUUAACGAUAUGUUCAACACGUUCCUGUCAGCUAUCUUAAUAAUCUUUUCUUUACGAAAUUAUUUUUUCGACUUUUUUGAUGUUUUCGGGCUUCUAUUGCGAGCAUUGUCCUCGGUGCUCAUUUCGUCUCGUUUAAACAGGGGGCAAAGUUAGAAUAAUGUUUAUCAAGCCACGUCUCGGUUUCCCUAAUAAUUUUUGCCAAAAAGCAAUGCUUUAUCACAUGACAAAAUUCUUUUUCAUCCAUUUCUUCAAAAUAACAGAAAUUGCUUUACUCAAAAAGUUUUAACUCACAAACAAAUAGUAGCUGUGAAAUGUAUUUACCUGUCUUUUAAAGGUUAGAGUUAACUGGAAAUGUUGUGAAUUUGAUUUUUAUAAAACUAUCUAUUUGUCAGCCUAAGAAGUUUUCAGCCCAUUUAGGGUAGGGUAGGUAGGUAGGACAUUUAUGAUAGUAUUUCUGUUCUCUUGUAUUUGAGCUUACUUCAUCAAGACAUCCUCAAUAUUUUUUUCAAAUCACUACUCUCUUCUAAUCGUCUAGUUUGAUGAGCCUCGGUUAGCUCUUUAUGUGAUAAUGCUGGUGGGAGGUAGGGCAUAUUCUUCCGAAUUAUUCCAACAAUUGUUAAGUUAAAAUGCCAGGGAAUAAGAUUGUCAGCUAAAGAUAUUAGUAAGCUAAUUACCUAUUGUUACCUUUUGGUUGGUACCAUAAAGUGAAACAGUUGAAAGCUCAAUAAAGUAAUUCGCUCUGAAGGAAAUCCGUUAGGAUGAGUAGACUUUUCAACAUAUAAACUGGCAUUAGGAUAUUUUAUAAUUCCGGAGUUUCCUAAAAGCUUUUUGUCAGUUUUGUGACAUACGAACUUAUACUUUGUUCAAAAUACUUUACUAAAUUCUUCCCAAACUUCAGAUAUGGGAGAACAUUCUUUCUUUUUCUUGUUACCAAACCUUAGAAAAACAAUUAAAUAGUCUCGGCCUUACGUAUACAAUAUAUUUAAUAAGAAUGUUUCCUUCGACUUUGGUUUAGAAUUCCUUUAUACCCAUUUUUUCCUUCCAAAGUUUCAAAAUUAGUAAACUCCGUAAAUUGUUUACAUAACUUACUAUUUCUUGAAAUUGUACGGGUUCGCCAGAAUCUAGAGAUGUUUGUCUUUGCAUCAGGUAGACUAGGAGUUUCAUUGUGACCUGUCAUAGAAGAAAUAUAAACUGCAACGGGUACAUUUUCACCCAUGGCUCUAUUUAGAAUUCCCAAUUCCAAAUCUGUUUCAUAACUAUAAGGAAGAAAAUCUGCUUUUAAUUUAACAACAAUAUCUGAUCAAGAUUUGAAUUUACUACGAUUAUUGAGGUAUCGUGUGAACGCACUACCUCGAAAUAAUUCACAAGGCUGUAAAACUAACUCAUCAUUAGAAAUACCUCUAGAAACUCUAAUUACCAAGAAGAAAUUAAGUGAUUCGUUCUUCCCAGAUGAGGAAAUAUCCCAUUUAUGAACUGGAUCAUAACGAGAUGUAGGAAAAAAUGAAGAAGAUAAAGAUGAAGAAGCAAGAGGAACAUGAUUAUUGUGUGUUUCAACACAAUCAGAAAUUAGUGAGGUUGUCUUAGUUUCCAAAUCAGAUUCAAGUAAAAUCAUUUUCCUAUCCAGAGAAAUCUUGAGCUGAACUUGUUGAUCAUCAUCUGUGACAACAAUUAAUCCAUUAACUCGAUUAGUUAAAUGAGUAAACCAACUCUCAACAUUAUCUUCACAUCUAACAAGAGCUGCUGAAGUUGGGCAUGUAUUAGUUUUUAUCUACUCAUUUUUGUGAUUGCAUAAUAUUAUCGGUACGAAAAACUUAAGUAGUAAACUUUUCCUCUUAAAACUAUCGACACGUAACUUCGACGUACUAAGGUUUAAGUUAUAGUAGGACCUGAACACUAUCAUUUGGAACAUUGUACUAAUCUAUAUGGAGAACAUCUGUAAAAAACUGUGAGGAAAGUACAGCACAGCACAGCAACAAUUAAGUAAUUUUUACGUAUGGUAGUAAUCAAAUUAAUUGUUAUAAAAUUUUAACGCAAAAUAGUGGACUCAUUGAGUGAAAUAACUAUUAAGUUGCAUUUUAUAAAUUUGUAUUUAAAUGAAUAUUACACAUUUUAUGAAUAUUGAAUCAAAAUAGCUUUAAAAAUAUUUAGUGUAGAACAUAUCAAAUUUUAUACCAUAAAAAAUAAAAGAAGAAAUUGUCUUUUACACAUUGGUAUUUUUGUUAAUCAUUGACACAUAUAUUCAUUUGUACAUUAUUUUUAUGAUACAUAAAAUUGACUUUGACUGAGCACAAACAUUGUUUUUGUAUAUUUUUUUAAAUAAAAACUUGUACAGAAUAAAUAUAAUUUGUAAUUGUGUGUAUAGUAGUGUUAGUUGAUGUAACUUGUCUGUAUGCUUCAAAGUGUAUACGAUUAAAUAUAUUUUAUUGUUCCAAUUUAAUAAA